AUGUUACAUUGUUGGUUUUUUUUUGUCCAGGUGCGCCAGAGGUUUCCUGCAUGGCCGUGCCAAAGAGUAGUCUUUUGCAGUACAGCAUCGCCCUCUGAUGAUGUUUCUGUGCUUUACCAAAACGGGUUGCCUGUGAUAACCAUUAGCCUCCCAUCACGGCUGGAGCAAUGCAGAUUCACUUUGAAGCCUCUUUCCGAUACAGUAGGAGUAUUCCUACAGCAGGUACAGGCAGAAGACCGAGGAAUAGACAGGGUGGCAAUCCACUCCAUAGAUGGAGAACGUAUAGCCUCUUCCACAAGUAUAGAAGUUCUUCUAUUAGAUGAUUUUAAAUUGACUAUUAAUGAUAGAAACUAUCACGUGCGGCCGCCAAAACAAGAACUUUUAAGCCAUGAAGAUGCAACGACAAUGAAUGACUUGAAGACCCUUGUACAGCAGUUGUACAGCUCUAUGCGAAUUGAAGAACACCAGCUCAGCAAGGAACAAGAGCUCUUUUGUCGCCUAGAGGCCCUUCAAGAACAGCUUGAGCCUCUUGAAAAGGUUCGACUUCAGAUUGCUCGACGAGCAGCGAAGAAGACAAGAUGGGCUCAGUGGGGAAUGCUAGCGUAUAUGUCUGUACAGUUUGGAGUCUUUGCUCGUUUGACGUGGUGGGAAUACUCUUGGGAUAUCAUGGAGCCAGUCACUUACUUUGUCACAUAUGGCACAGGCAUAGCAGGGUGUGCCUAUUAUAUCCUGACGGGCAGGGAAUAUAUGUACGUAGAUGCCAGUGAUAGACAGUUCUUACUUUUUUUCCAUAAAGCGGCCAAAAAAGAAAGAUUUGAUGUUAUAGAAUAUAAUCGACUCAAGGAUGCCAUUGCUCGGGCUGAGUUGGACCUUAAGAGGCUACGUGACCCCCUGCAGCUACAUCUUCCAAUCCAACAAAUUGAGGAUGCUAAGGAUUGAUCGUUGUACAACUCUUAAAUCCCCAGCAAAACCUGUGGAUAUCUCUUGCCUUUGAAAUAAAAGCAUUAUAGGUGGUAGCUGGGAUAUGAUAAUGGGAUGGGUGAUCAUUUUCCCCCUUUUUUUUUUUUUUCUCCCUAGAUUUUUAAAGCUUUUGUUAAAGAAAAAUGUAAAAUGAAAGAUUAAAAAUGAAAUUUAAUUGAAGGUUGGGGCCUUGACCUUGCUAAAAGCCUAUUUCAAAGGGCUUGGGAAAUUUCUUAUUGAAACUAUAUAUAUUUUACAUGUUGGUGAAUGGUGAAAUUUAUGGACUAGGGUCCCAAAACAAUUAAAUGUUCAUUUUAUUUUAUUUUUUGGUUCUCCUGGUUUUAUGACAAGUUAAAGUGUGGCAGAGUGCCAAUUUAAAACAAAAAGAUGGAUUAAUAAUCUGCUGAGCCAAUGGAGGUACGCCAGUAACAUUGCGCACAAUUUAAUGCCAUUUGGAGGGGCGUUGGACCAGAAGUCACUGCAGCAUAACGCUUUUCUCCACUCUUGGGAAGCAUCUAUCGAGGCUUGGUUGAGAUUUUUCUUGCCUUUUUCUGAUGAACUCCGGGUUCAUGCACAUGCCAUGUUGAGGUGCAACACUGUUAAAUUUUAAUCCAAGUCCCAAACACGUGAGACUUUCUGCUAUGCAUUAAAAAAAAAAAAAAAAGAGAAAAAAAAUCGCACGUGAUUUUUCUUGUAAUCACUUUCUUAAAUGUCCCUCGUCCCUAUUCCUCCCACAGCCUUGGCUAUAUAUAUUUCAGGGGCUCAAUGCAUGAUUGAUUUUUAUGUCUGUUCUUUUUGGGAGGGAGAUGUUCCCCUGUCCCGCACUCUUGGGAAGUGGCUUAAUAGCAUAUCAGGGUUGCAUGAAAAAUUCAAAAGGGUUACCACCUCAUUCUCUCAUGACGAUCAUCAGAUAUAGUCAUAAAGAUUUACAUUUUCCAGCUGGUCUUCUGCUGGUGGAAAUACAACUUCUUUCUGGAUGAAAACACUUAACCCGUCCAGCUUUGUCUACGUUUUAUUUAUCUACAUAUCACUGAAGAGCUGGAGAGUGGCAAAGGCCGAGAUAUAACCUCUAUCUUUGUUCCAAAGAUUUCAGGGGGUUUUCUCUCCUUUUUUUUUUCGUGUUUUUUUUAUCUUGGAAUACGCUGCUCUUCCACAGACUUUCAAUAUCAAAAUGGUGCAGUUUCUUUUUUGGGGGGAGGGGGGGGGGAUGAAACUGGGCAAAUGAGGGAGUGUUUGGGCUACAAGUUUGCAGAGACAUUUUUUAAAGGACUCCCACUGUGAAAGGCUCCUACUUCAGGGAUAGGAUUACAGAACUAAAGAAGUGAAGCCAGUUGACUGGUGCCUUGCAUAUAAUGAAAUCGAGAGGAGAGUUUAUGUUCUCUUCAUGUAUUAAUCUAUAGCUGGCAGUUAUGCUACCAAGGACUCCUUGCCAGCCUAAAUCUUGAGUCCACGUGGAAUAUAGCUGGCACAUGCUGCCAUACAAAGUCUUAAUAACUGUCACCUACUUCUCUCCUCUCAGGUGGAUUGAAUCCGUUUUCCAUCAUGUACUUGUUUGUUGUCUUCUAUGUCUUGUAUUUUGUUCAAGAUUGUAGAUCCGUGCAGAACAUAGGCCUCAAAGCACAGGCAAUAAUACAUUUAUUGGUGGUAAUGCAUCAUCUUCAUUACCUUUCUUUCUGGUGGGAUCCAAUGCCUUUCUCUGUAUUUUCAAGCUGUGCCCUAGAAUUAAUGCUAAUGAAUGAAGCAAGGGUGGCUAAUGUGAUAUAAGCAAGAUUGACAAUCAUCUCCAUGGAGAGAGACCCCAAUUAAGAGUACAAGAGUUUCAAAAGUAGUUCUUAGGAAUCCUUGUUAAUAGCAGAGCAGCUUAAAUGACAAGGUACUCAAAUGUUCAUGACCAAAGUAUAGUAUAAUAACCCUUUGCCUAUGAUUCUGCUUGGAUUACUGUGAUCUUGCACAGGAGAUGGUCUUUUUAACACUAAUUCAACUUAAAGCUCUUCUUUUUACCAUUUGCACUUCUGCUGCUGAUGGGGGUAGGAGCAGUUGCCUAUUGGGGCCCUCCUGCAACAAAUGGGUCUAAUCAUGUUUGUAUUGAGUAUAUCGAAGCAGU